UUGGCUGCCCUGGUCAAAAGGCAGGUUAUUCAUCAACCGCUACCAGCAGUUUCCCUCCGCUCAGCCUACGCUCUUGGCGUAGAGGUGUGCCUUGAUCGACGUCCUGUCCGAGUGUUUGCCUUUUAUAGGCCGCCGGGUGGCCGCCUGGAGGAGAGCGACAUCCACGCACUCCUAGACCAGGCAACCCCCACCAUCAUCGCAGGCGACUUUAAUUGCAAGCACACGGCAUGGAACUCGACACACGACGACGCCAACGGGCAAAAGCUUCUAAACGACGCGGAGAGGGAAGGGUAUGCAGUAAUGGGCCCAGAGGUCCCAACGCACUACCCCUACCAACAUACCGCCGCGCCUGACGUCAUCGACCUCACGUUAGUGCAGGGCCUGAACACAGACCCAUCGAUCGACGUACUAGAUGACCACGUGAUGUCGGAUCACCAACCGGUCCUGGUCACUAUCGAUCUGGCGCCGAUCCGUAGGGAAAUCCCGCCCCCGCGUCACAGACAGGACUGGCGCAUCUUCGCAGACCACCUGUCGAAGAACUUGCGGUCGUUUCGAGUGGACAGCCCCGACGAUGUGGACCGCCUUGCCCUCGAGCUCACCGAGUCUAUCACCCGGGCACUCGAGGCCUCGCGGCUAAGCACCACAUCGCACCGGAAACGACCGCAGUUGCCUGCCGGGAUACGUGACAUGAUAGAGGACAAAAGGAGGCUGCGUAGAUUAUACCAGCGCACCCGAUGCCCGACCAUCAAGUCCCAGCUCAACGCUCUGGCGGAGAGAGUCUCAGCGGUGUUGGAGGACCACGCUGUAGACUCCUGGUACAAGACCAUCGAGCGAGCUGGAGAGGACUGGUCGGGACGGCGCCUCGCCGCGGCAAUUAUCACCAAACGAGACACCAGGGCUGCAAACGCCCACCACAACGACCCGCCUGUUUUUACAGGCGGAGUGGAGGCCAGCUUAGGGGGCCGUUGCCCCGACAAGCUCACCUCGACCCUCCCUACAGGGGGCCUGAGAUGA